AUGUAGAAUCAAACAGAUGAGGAUUAAACAUUGUCCACCAAAUUUCAGUUUUUUUGAGAAAUGAAAACCUCCCCUUCUUCAGAUAAUCCAAAUAUGCCUGACGUAUGCUCUUACAUCACUAGGAAAGCACCCUUGCCGACAACCCUGAAGAGUUUCUUCUAUAUUAACUUUAGACAAGUUAAAGCUUUAAUUGGAUAUUUUUCUAGUUUGCUUUGUCGUAUGGGUAGUUGCCAUGGCUACUGAAGUCGAGCCGCUUCACUUUGUCUUGUUUCCUUUCAUGGCUCAAGGCCAUAUGAUACCCAUGGUAGACACGGCUAGAUUGUUGGCACAGCAAGGCAUAAUCAUCACCAUAGUUACAACUCCUCAUAAUGCAGCUCGGUUCAAGACAAUUCUUGAUCGGGCAAAAGAAUCAGGGCUCUCUAUCCGCUUGGUAGAACUUCAGUUUCCAUGUGUAGAAUCAGGAUUACCAGAAGGAUGUGAGAACUUUGACAUGCUGCCCUCACUUAGCCUAGCCUUGAAUUUUUUAGAAGCAGCCAACAAGCUACAAGAGCCAGUACAAAAAUUGUUUGAGGAGCUGAGGCCAAGGCCAAGCUGUAUCAUCUCUGACACUUUGUUGCAUUAUACCCUCGACAUUGCUAGCCAGUUUCAGAUUCCAAGGGUUGUGUUCUAUGGAGUUUGUUGUUUCUGUCUUCUUUGCAUCUAUAAUUUACACCUCUCCAAGAUUCUUGAGCACAUAACCACGGACUCACAUUACUUGGCUGUGCCUAACAUGCCCGACAAAGUUGAAUUUACUAAAUCCCAACUUCCUGUAAUUUUGGAUAAUAAAUACUUGAAAGAAUUUUGUGAGCAAGCGGGAGAGACUGAUCUAGCAUCUUAUGGCGUGGUCAUUAAUACUUUUGAGGAGCUGGAGCCAGAAUAUGUCAGGAAAUACAGGAAGGCAAGAGGAUGCAAAGUGUGGUGCAUUGGUCCAGUUUCUUUAUGCAACAAGGAUCGCUUGGAUAAGGCUCAGAGAGGUAACCAGGCCUCAGUUGACGAAAACCAAUGCCAGAGGUGGCUUGAUUCUCAAGAACCUGGUUCUGUAAUUUAUGCCUGUCUGGGAAGCCUCUCUAAUGUGAUACCCUCACAAUCCAUAGAGCUUGGUUUAGGCUUAGAGGCAUCGAAUAGACCGUUUAUUUGGGUUAUGAGAGGAAGUGAUACAUCAAAAGAAGUAGAGAAGUGGAUAUUAGAGGAUGGUUUUGAGAAAAGAACAAAAGGAAGAGGCCUUGUGAUCCGUGGUUGGGCUGCCCAAGUAGUAAUAUUGUCACACCGUGCAAUUGGAGGGUUCCUAACUCAUUGUGGAUGGAAUUCAACAAUAGAAGCCAUUGUUGCCGGUGUGCCAUUGAUAACAUGGCCAUUAUUUGGAGACCAGUUUUGCAAUGAGAAAUUGGUUGUACAAAUACUUCAAAUUGGAGUCAGGAUUGGAGUGGAGGAGCCUCUGAGGUGGGGGGAUGAAGCAAAAGUUGGGGUGUUGGUGUAUAAGGAAGAUGUUAAAAAGGCUGUAGAAAAGUUGAUGGAAAUAGGAGAGGAAGGCGAAGAGAGAAGAAAAAGAGCCAAAAAGCUUGGAGAAAUGGCAAACAAGGCUCUUGAAGUUGGGGGAUCUUCUCACCUCAACAUUACACAAUUCAUCCAAGAUAUCAUGCAAAGGACUUAUGGCAGGAAGCAACCUAGCACAUGAGGUAAAAAGAGCCACUCUAUCUCAGUUAUAUAUGGUUGUAACGUGUCACACCUACACUAUUGCCAUCUUCAAUUUGAUAUAGCACAAGCACAACAUGAUCUUGCUGUUGAAUUAACGGUCUAAACACAUUUUGGACUUUCUAGAAACCAAGUCCAAGCUGCAACAGUACCGCAAGGGCAGCAACUUGUGAUUCCAUAUCUAUUGAUGGGGACUUUUUCACUAGUUUUAUCUUUUUUCUUGCUACUAUAAUUGUACAUGGCGUUGUUAAGUAAUAAGUUCAAUUUACAAAAUAAAAAAAAAAAAAGCAGUAGCACAAAUAAAUUGCACAUCAUUGGACCUGAUCA